AUGAAGAAAUCUUUUAAUAACAGAACCAAUGAGUCUAACUCUGAAAAAUCAAGCAUUUUAUCAGAUACCUAUAUGUUCUCAAAGGAGAUAGUAAACAUAAACCUCAAACCUUUCUUAUGUUCUGAAUGUGGAAAAUGUUUUAAUCAACAUUCAAAACUUGUUGCGCAUCAGAGAACUCACACAGGAGAGAAACCAUUCUCAUGUUCUGAAUGUGGAAAAUGUUUUAGUCAACAUUCAAAACGUGUUACACAUCAGAGAACUCACACAGGAGAGAAACCAUUCUCAUGUUCUGAAUGUGGAAAAUGUUUUGCCUACAAAACAGUGCUUGUCUGUCAUCAAAGAACUCACACAGGAGAGAAACCGUUCUCAUGUUCUGAAUGUGGAAAAUGUUUUGCCCACAAAACAGUGCUUGUCUGUCAUCAAAGAACUCACACAGGAGAGAAACCGUUCUCAUGUUCUGAAUGUGGAAAAUGUUUUGGACAAUAUGCAAGUCUUGUUACACAUCAAAGAACUCACACAGGAGAGAAACCUUUCUCGUGUUCUGAAUGUGGAAAAUAUAUAGUGCGACAUUCAGAUCUUGUCAGUCAUCAGAGAACUCACACAGGAGAGAAACCGUUCUCAUGUUCUGAAUGUGAAAAAUGUUUUUUCACCAAUGCAAAGCUUGUCCAUCAUCAGAGAACUCACACAGGAGAGAAACUGUUCUCAUGCUCUGAAUGUGGAAAAUGUUUAGGGCAACAUUCAAAUCUUGUUCGUCAUCAGAGAACUCACACAGGAGAGAAACCGUUCUCAUGUUCUGAAUGUGAAAAAUGUUUUUCCACCAAUGAAGUGCUUGUCCGUCAUCAGAGAACUCACACAGGAGAGAAACCGUUCUCAUGUUCUGAAUGUGCAAAAUGUUUUGUCACCAACAAAGAGCUUGUCCGUCAUCAAAGAACUCACCAGGGACUUAAACCAUUUUCGUGUUCUGAAUGUGAAAAAUGUUUUUCCACCAAUGCAGAGCUUGUCCGUCAUCAGAGAACUCACACAGGAGAGAAACCGUUCUCAUGUUCUGAAUGUGAAAAAUGUUUUUUCACCAAUGCAGGUCUUGUCCGUCAUCAGAGAACUCACACAGGAGAGAAACCGUUUACAUGUUCUGAAUGUGAAAAACGUUUUGUAACUAACAACGAGCUUGUCCGUCAUCAGAGAACUCACACAGGAGCGAAACCGUUCUCAUGUUCUGAAUGUGAAAAAUGUUUUUUAACCAAUGCCAACCUUGUCCGUCAUCAGAGAACUCACACAGGAGAGAAACCGUUCUCAUGUUUUGAAUGUGGAAAAUGUUUUCUCACCAAGGCAGAGCUUGUUCGUCAUCAGAGAACUCACACAGGAGAGAAACCGCUCUCGUGUUCUGAAUGUGAAAAAUGUUUUGUCACUAACACAGACCUUGUUCGUCAUCAGAGAACUCACACAGGAGAGAAACCGUUCUCAUGUUCUGAAUGUGAAAAAUGUUUUGUCACUAACAAAGAGCUUGUCCGUCAUCAGAGAACUCACACAAGAGAGAACCGUUCUUGUGAUCUGAAUGUGAAAAAUAGGCACACGCACCAGUGA